AGGUGCUCCUUGUAUAAACGAUGAUGAAGCCAGGAAAGAAGUGGAUGUCUCCACUGAUGAACCUAAGUCUGGAUGCUCCAGGCCAGACCCACCAGAAAAUGGCUUUAUCAGGAAAGAAAAGAACCAGUAUGCUGUGGGGGAAGAAGCUGAAAUUGCCUGUGUGAGUGGUCAUGUCCUCACUGGCUAUCAAUAUCUUCGGUGUCUGCCAGAUCAAACCUGGACGCAGGAACAUGUUGAAUGCCAACCCUCAGCAUGCCUCAGGCCACCAAUAUCUGAGAGUGUCAUGAUCUCCCCAUUUAAGCAACAGUAUGACAUUGGUGAAACUAUGAAGCUGAGCUGCCGAGCUGGGUUUAUAGUUACCGGUCACAUAAAGUAUACCUGUGGGAAAGACCUGUCCUGGAUACCUCCUAUUUUGAGCUCUAUUACAUGUGAAAAAGAUGCACAAACUGUAAUUAGAGGUGCUUGCAAGCCAGGACAAAAGCAGAUUGGAUCUCAAUGUGUUUGCAUGUCUCCAGAAGAGGACUGUAGCCACUACUCAGAAGACAUCUGUGUGCUAGAUGCUGCUUCCGAACAGAAUGUGACCAAGCCCAGCUGUCACUAUUCAGCUGAAAUGUGCCUUGGAGAGCAGCCAUUUCAUUUCAUGCAUGCUGGCCCUUGCCAUGGUGAUUCCAACGUAGACUGGGCUAUUGAAAGGGCAAAGCUCUCUGCAAAUAGCUUGAGGAAAGUGCCCUGCGGCUAUGACACCUGCUAUGACUGGGAGGAUUGUCCAGAGACACAGACCGAGUGCUCCUGCCUGAUGCCUUACCAGUGCCCCAAAGAAGAAAGCCGCCCUCACUGCAUCAUUGUAGGGUCGACGGGGAGGAAGAGGACAGUCAGUCAUUGCACGCUGGCAGCGAUGAAGUGUGCUGGCAUCCAGCUGGAGGUGCUGGGGCCGGAGAACUGUCUGGCAUAA